AUGGCUGUCAUCGUGACGGUAGAAGCAACCUUGAAGGCAGAUUCCUACCUCGCCAGCAAAACCGCCACUCUCUGGGACGAAAAAUACAAAGAUGCAACCUUCACAGGCACCCGCUUACCCCUCAUCGCCAAAGCCGUCGUCCAAUCCCUCUCCCGCUCUAUUGCCGACAAGACAGCCAACAAAGUCCUCCCCAUCGCCGAUGCUGCUGUGACUCCCUCAACGUUACUCGCUGCCCUUGAAAAGGAGAUUGGUUCAACAUGGACGGGCAAGAAUGUUGACUUCGAUGAGCUGACGAAGAAAGGGUUUGAAAAUGUUGCAAAGGGGGAUUUUAGCCUGGUGGGUGUGCUGAUUGUGGGGAACCUUUUGGAUGUCCAAUCUGAGAAUUAUUUUGAGGCGAGGGGAUUUUGGAGAAUGUGUUAUUGUGGAUUGAAGGGAUUGGGUUGCAGAAGGUUGUUGAUGAGGUUGUUUCGGAGUUUAAUGCUGUGGAAUAGGGGGUGA